AUGGCGAGGCGAGGCGAGCCAUUCUACACUGAGGUGCGGCGAUCCCAAAUAGGCGACCAGAUGGCGACUCGCGUUUCUCUCCUUGCGAUCUCUUCUCCUCGCGUCUCUUUUCCUCCUUCAUCGCACGAGUUGCUGCUCCUCUUUGGCGCUUCCCCUCACGUCUCUUCUCCUCCUUCAUCACAUGAGUUGCAGCCAGUGGGGGAUGCUAGCAAAAAGAGGGACAUUGGAUGGAAUUAUGGUACUCAAGGAGCAACGAAAGACUCGGUUAAUUGUAACUUUUGUGGGAGUACUUUUAAUGGUGGAAUAACUCGACACAAGCAACAUUUAGUGGGUGGUUUCAAGAAUGUUAAACAAUGUACAGCUUGUCCGUUGGCGAUUAGAGAAGAAGUAAGGGUUUAUAUGCAAAAUAAAAUCGCUAAUAAUCCCAAAUUUCAAGUGAGGCAGCCGGAAGAAUAUAUUGAUAUUGAUGAUGUUGAUGAUAUGGAUGAAUAUGCAGAAAUGAUGCCUCCCUCCAAAACUCCAAAGAUAUCUUCUAGUGGAGGUGCAUCAUCCACCGCGCGGAAUGUGAUGAAAGGCCCUAUGAAUCUCUAUUUUCCGCAGAAAUCAACACAAAAAGGAGGCUUUGAAAAAGGAGGAGGAAUUGAUGAAACAAAGAAAAUUCUAAGAGAGCGUGCGGUAAGUGCUUUCGCAAUAUGGAUGUAUGAUGUAGGGCUCCCUUUUAAUUGUGUCAAUCACAAAUCAUUUGAUAAAUUUAUUGAGACAGUAGGACAACAUGGCCCCGGAAUGAAGCCUCCUACAUUCCAUGAAGUUAGAGUUACUCACCUAAAAAAAGAGGUGGAGAAAGUGGAAAAAAUUGUUGAUGAGCAUAAAGUGCAAUGGACAAAGUUUGGAUGCCCUAUGAAUCUCUAUUUUCCGCAGAAAUCAACACAAAAAGGAGGCUUUGAAAAAGGAGGAGGAAUUGAUGAAACAAAGAAAAUUCUAAGAGAGCGUGCGGUAAGUGCUUUCGCAAUAUGGAUGUAUGAUGCAGGGCUCCCUUUUAAUUGUGUCAAUCACAAAUCAUUUGAUAAAUUUAUUGAGACAGUAGGACAACAUGGCCCCGGAAUGAAGCCUCCUACAUUCCAUGAAGUUAGAGUUACUCACCUAAAAAAAGAGGUGGAGAAAGUGGAAAAAAUUGUUGAUGAGCAUAAAGUGCAAUGGACAAAGUUUGGAUGUUCCAUGAUGAAGGACAAAUGGACGGCACGAAAUGGUAAAAUGAUCAUCAAUAUUUUGGUGAAUUCUCCAAUCGGUAGUGUAUUUCUUGGUUCUGUUGAUGCUAGCAAUGAAUCUACCGAUUCCACCAAAAUGUACAAGUUGUUUGAAAGCACUAUUGAAAGAAUUGGACCGGAAAAUGUUGUACAAAUUGUCACUGAUAAUGCUAGUGAGAAUGUUAAAGCGGGAAGCAUGAUGAUGGGUGCGUACCCACACAUUUAUUGGACUCCAUGUGCCGCUCAUUGCAUCAACUUGAUGUUUGGUGACAUAUUCAAGGUUAAGCCAUAUGCUUCCGUUUUUAAGAAGGCCAUUAGAAUCCAUUCUUACAUUAGUCAAAGGACAUUUUUGUUAAUCUUGAUGAGAAAAUUCACCAACAAAAGAAAUUUGGUGAAACCGGCUAAGACAAAAUUUGCAACGGCCUUCUUAAUUUUGAGAGCUAGGUACAUACAAAGAAAAAACUUGAGAACUUAG